GCGCUCGCGCUGGGCCUGGGCCUGGAGGUGUUCCCGUGCCCCCCUACCCCUCAGGGCCUUCUCCUCCGUCAGCUGCCGUUGCCUGGGUUCCUGUAUGUGCGACCGCGUCUCCAGCCCUAUGAGCAGAGGCUGGAGCUGCUGGCAGCUGGGGACACCUGGGUGCUCAGGGAGCUCCUCCACUCUGUUCCUGGGGAGGCAGGUAAUCCCAGAAGAUCUUUCUUUGCCAAACCCAGGGGCUGAUGCAUCCCCUUCCCUGCUCCGGUGCUGGACUCCUGCAUUCCAGGAGAGGUGUCCUGCUGGCAAUCAGUGGCUGAGCAGUGUGCUGCCCACUAUGGCUGGUGAGUCUGGGAGCAAACCUGGCUCUGUCCCCUCCCUCACAGCAUCCCUUCCCCAACAGAACACCAGGGUGCCCAUGGGCUGCUCCUCACGAUGCCAUGGCAUUCAGGUGUUGGUGGCAGCUCAGUUUCAGGGACCAGGAUGGUUUUGGGGUCAAGGUUGGUUUAGGAGGCUCCUGCACAAACCCAAGCCCAGCUCAGUGGAAAGCCUCAAGUCCAGCCACUCUGCUUCAUCCUCACCUUCCUCCUCCUCCUCAUCCUCUGCCAAGAGCUCCAGCUCUUCUCCUGGCACGAGCUUGGCCACCAGCUCCAUCUCCCUGUCUCCUGUGUCAGCAGUGGACAUCAGCGCCUCGCACAGUCCCCGGUGGGACAAGAGCUACGACGUCUGCAUCUGCCACAGCGAGGGGGACGUGGAGCUGGUGUCAGAGCUGGUGUCCUACCUGGAGGGCCAGCCCGAGAGCUUACGGUGCUUCCUGCAGCUGCGGGACGCGGUGGCGGGGAGCGCGGUGGUGACAGAGCUGUGUGACGCCGUGCAGAACAGCCACUGCUGGGUCAUGCUCAUAACCCCCGGCUUCCUGCAGGACCCCUGGUGCAGGUACCAGAUGCACCAGGCCUUGGCUGAGGCUCCCAUGGCCAACGGACGAACCAUCCCAGUGCUGAAGGACGUGGAUCGCAAGGACUAUCCCAGGGAGCUGCGGAACAUCUACUACAUCUACAUGGCGCUGAAGGAGAAGAGCUUCAGACAGAUCAGAGACACUGUCAUGCGCUACCUCCAGGAACUGUGCAAGAGCUCCACAAAAAGCAUGGAGUAGUGCUGGGAGCAGGCAGAUGCAUUCUCAUGGGCAUCAUGGAGCUGUUGCCGUUGGAUCUGGAUGUUGGCAUGUCCCAUUGGACCUUGAGGUCAAACCUGAGCUGCUCAGACCAGACCUGGGACCAAAGAUAGGGAGUUCUCCACAUCCAUGAGGGACAGCAGACUGGAGCCCACCACGUCAUGGUGGCCAAAAUCUCCUCAGCGGGAACAGGGACAUCCAUCACACAAACACUAAGCUCUGGUAUCGGGUGGUUCUCAGGGUCAUGAGAGCUCUUUACUGUGCUGGCAUUCUCUGUCCUGGGGGCUCUGGAACCCCUACUAAGCUGACAAGACGCCUGCUGGGCGCCUAUGGGCAGGACAAGAUAUGAGACAGGCAGUGACGCUGCACGGAAUCGUUGCGACUACGAAAAUGCAGAAGUUUUACAUUUUGA